AUGGGCAAGAAGCAGAAUACCAAGACUAAGAAGGAUUCACAGGGUGGGCAGGGCACACAAGAGGAACCUGAGGAAUAUGUGGUGGAAAAAGUUCUGGACCAGCGUAUUGUGAAUGGGAAGGUGGAGUUCUUCCUCAAGUGGAAAGGAUUUACAGAAGCUGACAACACGUGGGAGCCAGAGGAGAACUUGGAUUGUCCGGAGCUGAUCAACGCUUUCCUUGAAGCCCAGAAGAAUAUUAAGGAGAAACCGGGUUCUCUCAAAAGGAAGGCAUCCACAGACAAUUCUGAAAUGGAUGCCAAGAAGAAAGACGGUUCUGAAAAACCCAGAGGAUUUGCGAGGAACCUCGACCCAGAGAGAAUCAUCGGUGCGACAGACAGCAGUGGAGAGUUGAUGUUUUUGAUGAAAUGGAAAGACUCCGAUGAAGCAGAUUUGGUGCCGGCCCGUGAAGCCAACACAAAGUGCCCACAAGUGGUCAUCGCUUUCUACGAGGAGAGACUAACAUGGCACUCUUGUCCGGAGGACGAAGCUCAGUAG